GUACAGCUGAAGACGAGUAAGGGAAAGAAACUCACCUUCAGGGUCCUCGUCUUGCCCAGGAGCAUGGCAUCCAUCUCCCCCUCCGCCUUCACUCCUUCUCCCCCCCGCACUCCUCCGUUCAUGAAGCAAGAAAUAAAAUAGAAACAAAAAGCUACAAAGAAAAGGACACACGUCUUAAGGGAGCGAUAAGGGUCCGGACGGAUGGAAGGCGGCGUAAACAGGAGUGAGGGAGAGUCUGAGGCGCCGCGCCCAUCCAGAUAACGAAACGCCGCGGCCGGGGAUUGGCGUCGCUGGCUUGAUAGUGAGUUUUUUCAAGAUGUCUGGCAUGAAUUCCAAGAAACAGCCCACAAUCUCGAAGUUUUUUGCCUCCAUGAACAGAGGAGGAGCAAAAAACUUCACCACAGAUGAGGAGAAGAAAGAGAAAAAUCAUGUCCAGGUGGCAGAGGUCAGUGUAUCUCCGGCCAUCAAGCGAGCCAACAGCAGCAGCAAGGGAGGCAGAGGAGGCAAAAGCUCAGCAAAGAAAGCAAAGAUCGAGAAUGACAAGAACAGUCCCCCUUCCUCCUCCCCAACCCAGAACGGCAGCCCCAAGAAGAGGGAGCUUGGAGCGUGGACAAAAACAAGACUCAAUGCUUUUUCUUGUGAUCCAGAGCCUGAGGAGAAUGGGGUAACCUCUAUGGAUGUGGAUGAAGUGGAGUCGUCACCAGAAACUUCCCAAAAGAAUGACAAGAAUGGUGUUGGGAGCAGACUGGAUUCUUUCAAGAACACAAACAACAGCAGCACCAGUCAGUCUUCGUCCGUUGUGGGCCCGUCCUCCUUCAAGGCUGCUCCCCUCAGACCGUUGCCCGGGAUGAAACUGACCCCCCUGGAGCAGCAGGUGGCGGACAUCAAGAACAAGCAGCCUGACGUCCUGCUGUUUGUCGAGUGUGGCUACAAGUACAGGUUUUUUGGCAAUGAUGCAGAAAUUGCUGCCAAGGAACUGAACAUCAUUGCUCACCUGGACCACAGCUUCAUGACGGCCAGCAUCCCCACACACCGCUUGUAUGUGCACGCCCGGCGGCUGGUGGCCAAAGGGUACAAAGUCGGGGUGGUGAAACAGACCGAAACAGCCGCCCUCAAAGCUGCAGGAGGGAACAAGACGGCACCCUUCGGACGGAAACUGACGGCACUGUACACUCGCUCCACCCUGAUCGGGGAGGACGUGACCCCUGGUGUGGGCGGGGCAGGCCUGGAGGAUGGGGACGUGUCGGAGGGGACCACGGCCAUGCUCCUGGUGCUGAGUGAAGUGAAGGGCUCCUCGGGGAAAGACGGCGCUGUUGUCAUCUCCAUAGUGGCCAUCCAGCCCAGCACGGGGGACAUCAUUUAUGACACGUUCGAGGACUCCAAGACAAGGACAGAGCUGUUGAACCGUCUGGACCACCUGCAGCCCGUGGAAGCCGUUGUGUCACCCAGCACCUCGGAGCUCACCACUACCACCAUCACCACAUCAGCCACCAAGAAUGACGACUGCAUCCGAAUCGAGCGCCUGGACGAGAGCAAGUUUGACUACAGCAACUCACUCAAGCUCAUCGUGACCCUGUUUGAAGACGAGGAGGAGAAGGUGAAGCACAUCUCCUGUCUGCCGUCCAGUGUGGUUGGCUGUCUCGGUGCCACGCUGCAGUACCUCGCCGAGUUCAAGCUUGAUGGCAUUGUGAAGAUGGCCGGGUCCAUCGAGAAAUACAGCUCCAGCCGUCACCACAUGCGCCUCUCGGGGGCCACACUGCGUAACCUGGAGGUGCUGGCCAACGCAUCAGACGGGGGCACCAAGGGCAGCCUCUUCUGGGCCCUGGACAACACACAGACAAAGUUUGGGUCCAGGUUGUUGAGGCGGUGGGUCACACAGCCUCUGCUGGAAGCGGGAGAGAUCAAGGAGCGGCAAGACAUGGUGGAGGAGAUGAUGACCUCAGACGCCCCAGUGCUGGUAAAGCUGAAGUCUGCCCUCUACAAGCUGCCAGACUUUGAAAGGGCCAUCACCACCAUUUUCCAUAAGAAGUGCAGCCCCCAUGAGUUCUGGCUGGCAGUGCAGGGCCUCAGCCGCCUCCACUCCGAGCUGUCAAGAGUUGGAGGGAACGUAGAGGACAGUGUCACCUCCCCCGGCCUCGUGGAGCUCCUCCGGGACGUGCUGGAUGGGCUGGCUAACGUCGAGGCCUACGCAGCUAAUAUUAACGAGGCCAGUGCAAAAGAAGGCAAGAAAACUACACUUCUGAGGGAUUUCUCAGAGUACCCAAAUGUUAUAGCGAGGCAGCAGGAAAUAGCAGAUAUGGAGCAGAAGCUGAAUGGUCUUAUUCCGGAUAUUGCAAGGACCCUUGGAGUUCCUGCCUUCAAAUACACAACAGUGUCUGGCCUCGAGUACCUCAUUGAAGUCACCAACUCACGCCUCAAAGCUGUCCCCAAAAACUGGUCUAAGAUAAGCUCGACAAAAGCAGUCAGCAGGUUUCGGUCUCCUGAGAUAGAGAAACACUUCCAGAGGCUACAGCAGCUGAGGGAACAACUGCAGAUGGACUGUCAUGAGGCAUGGAUAAAGGUGCUGGAAUCAUUCUCCAGCCACUACCAUCGCCACCGCCAGGCUGUGAGGUCCCUUGCUACCCUGGAUGCCCUGGUGUCCCUCGCUGCUGUGGCCAAAGCUCAGGGCUACUGCCGACCCACUCUGUCAGAAAAGGGGAGUGGCGGGGCGAUGCUGAAGAUUGUGCAGGGCCGUCACCCGGUGGUUUGUCAGAUUCAGACAGGGGACGAGCAGUAUGUAGCCAACGACACCAACAUGGAGGUUGAUGGGGAGCGUGUGAUGCUUGUAACAGGGCCAAACAUGGGCGGCAAGUCUUGCUACAUGCGGCAGGUGGCCCUCAUCGCCCUAAUGGCCCAGAUGGGAAGCUUUGUGCCAGCCGAGUCAGUUGACAUGACUAUUCUGGACGGCAUCUACACAAGGAUGGGCGCUGCGGACGAGAUCUUCUCUGGACGCAGUACAUUCAUGGUGGAGGUUGGGGAGACAGCUGACAUAAUGCGAGAGGCCACCAAGGACUCUCUGGUGAUCCUGGAUGAGCUUGGCCGCGGCACCUCAACACAUGACGGUGUAGCAGUGGCCAUGGCAGUCCUGGACCACUUCCUUAACCGUGUUGGCUGCCUCACCAUCUUUGUCACCCACUACCUCCCCCUCACCGACUUUGGCCGCAUCUACCCAUCACAAGUGGGCAACUACCACAUGGCAUUUAUUGUGAAUGAUGAAGAAGAGAACAAUGGAGUAGAGGCUGUGACCUUCCUGUAUCAGCUGACCUCAGGGAGUGCCGGCCAGAGCUAUGGCCUCAAUGUGGCCCGCCUGGCCGAGGUGCCCCAGCCCAUCCUCGUCCGGGCCUCCGAGAAGUCAAGUGAACUGGAGAAAACUUGCAUUUCUAAGAGGAAAAGAAUAGAGCUCUUCCAGGAGUUAAUGACGACCAAAGACACUGAGGAACUACGGCAGCAGCUGACAGUGCUGAAAAAUAUGAAUGAGGGAAUAGAUAGUGGAGUGGAGAGUGGAUAGUGGAGUGUCUUAAGUUUCUCCCUCUAACUUCAGCAAGACUGAAGUGUUUAAAAAGUACAAGUGAAAGGUGGUAGGGGGCUCAGUGAGAUUAGGUAAGGGAAGCUGAAAGUGGGAGAUACUUAAGGGUAAUAUUGUAGGAGGAACUGAAGAGGCAAGAGUAUUGUAAGGGGAAAUAAACUGUACAUAAAAUCACCUCAUGGGUAAAUAGAUACUGUAGUGGGAGUUAGCUUGACAUGAAAAAAUGAAGAAGGACUUUUUUGUGGUCAUCUUAUGUAAGGAAUUAAAUCUAGUAAACAACAAAGUAGAUCAGAGGAAGUAAAGGUGUCGGUGAAGAAUAAAACCAUUCAGGGAAUUUUGGGAUGCCUAGCUGAAUCAUCAUGAAAAAUUCUGAAUCCAUAAUUUUACCAUGAGAAUCUUCUUUAGUAGACUUGAAGUAACCACAAACCAUUAAUUUCAAUUCACAAUAGUUAUCAAUGGGACAUUUUGUUGGUCAAUUAGAGACAUUAGUCAUUUUUACUUUGUCUAUCCACUGUUUUGGUCUCUCUCUCUCUCUCUCUCUCUCUCUCUCUCUCUCUCUCUCUCUCUCUCUCUCUCUCUCUCUCUCUCUCUCUCUCCAAAAAUGUCAUCAUUACAUUAUAUACCAUCAUUUUCAUUAUCACUGCCAUCAUUAGUUUCACUUCACAUCAUUAACCAAGUGGUGGAAAUCUCUCUCUGGUGUGUUGUAGUUUGUCUUCAUGGCAUGCUGUGUUUUGUGGAAUGAAUUCAUGUACUAAUAAUUGCAGACUGAUGAUUACUAGUGCAAGGGUUACAGUUUGUUUUUUUAAUAAAUAUAAUCGUCGAUA